CAUAAGUUAUGACAACACAUCAAUAAAAGUGUCUUAACUGAGUAAGACAGUAAUCCGUCAAGUUCUAGAAAUUGGAAAUCUCAAAGAAGGCUCUCAGAGAACCCCUAGCCCAGAACGGGCUCAACAAUGGCGGCUCAAGAUCACCCACAACUCUCUGAGAAGAUCUUCUCUUCGUACAUAGGCCUGAGCUUCACACUCUUUCUCGGGCACUUACCCACACAAGCCUUCUCUCUGGUGUCAAGUCUCCAGGCUCGCAACAAGGAGCUAACCCUCCGGCUGAUCGAGACGGAGGAGCAGCUGAAGCAGGUCCUCUCUCGGAGAAAAGAGGACUCCAAAGCCAAUGCCAGGGUUGUGGAGAUCUUUGCGAGCCACCGGCACGCCUGGCAGAAGGAGGNAAUGGCGGCUCAAGAUCACCCACAACUCUUUGAGAAGAUCCUCUCUUCGUACAUAGGCCUGAGCUUCACACUCUUUCUCGGGCACUUACCCACACAAGCCUUCUCUCUGGUGUCAAGUCUCCAGGCUCGCAACAAGGAGCUAACCCUCCGGCUGAUCGAGACGGAGGAGCAGCUGAAGCAGGUCCUCUCUCGGAGAAAAGAGGACUCCAAAGCCAAUGCCAGGGUUGUGGAGAUCUUUGCGAGCCACCGGCACGCCUGGCAGAAGGAGGAGAGGAAGCUAUUGCUUCGGAUCCAGGAGGGGGGCGAGGAGAUCGAGAGGCUGAGGGGGAGAGUGCAGGAGCUGGAGAAUUCCGAGGUUAAGUUGAAGGAGUGCUUGGAGGAGAUGAAUAAGGAGAUGGGCGAGAGGGAUGAGAUGUUGAGCUUGAUGGGUUCGACUGCUAUUUCCUCUUGUGAGAUUGAGGGUGGAAUUGGGAGGGUUGGUGUUUCGGAUUCGGAGAGAAUGGAUUUCGGGCUUGGGGCCGAAGAGUUCUUCUCGAGGAGUGCGAAUAGUAUGGAAGAAGUUCAUAGUGCUUAUGGGGGGCCAAAGCUAUUCAGUUCUGCUUCCAACUUCUGGCCUGAAAGAGCUAGUCCUUGGCAGGAUAUGAAGUAUGAUACUCAUGGAUCAUUGUAUAAUAUAAAGCAUUUUGUAGCAAGAAGAGAGGUACCUUGGAAAGUAGAUGGGGAAUCAGCUGGAGUUUCAUCAAAACUGAAACUCCUUGAACAGGAGUUGCUAAUUCUGGAAAGGAUUGGUAAGGCAGAUUUAUCAAUGGUACCGUCAUUGUUGCGGAAGCAAGCUAAGAGAUAUCAGUCACUCUCUGGAAAAAUUGACGACCUCUGUAGAAGAAUGCAGGCUAGUGAUCCCGUGGACCCCACGCUGUCUUCCGAGUUUCGAACACAACGACAAACAGAGUAUUUGCUUGAAGCGUUCAGGCUUCAGCAGCAAGCGUCCGAAGCCGGUCAGAAGCUGUUAGGGCUCCACGCGGAAAUGGGGAAGGGUUGCUGCGGCGGGGAUGGAACUGAAGACCAACCAAAACUAGCUACAAGGAGAUCCUUCGACUCGAUUCGGAACAACUUCAGGAAUAUUCAAAGAAAUUUGGAAAUAUGGCUGGCAAGAAUUAUUGGGGAUGUUGAGGGCAUCUUAGCAAGAGAUGGCACUUCAUGUGUCCGGGACUAUUACAUGUCUAGGUACCCUUUUGUUCAAGAGUGACAUGUUAAUCUAACCUUAUUUUAGAACCAUUCAUGUUGUCCCUUAGUUUUAUAGCUUUCCUAGGUUUUGCCUUUGGUAAAUUCUCUCUAUAGCCUAAGUGCGUACUCAUCUGGUAAAUAAACAACUUCAUUUAAU